AAACAAGAAUCCUCUUUCUUUCCAUCUCUCUCCAUAAACGGUUGCUCAAAACCCUCUUCUUGAAAUGGCUACUUCUCCCAUACUUCUCAUCCUCUUCGUUAUCCUAACAUCAACCCUAAUCUCAGUCAAAUCCAACACAACGACGAUCGAAUCAACUUGCAAAACCACAAACUACUAUCGACUCUGCGUCUCAGCUCUCAAAUCCGACCCAAGAAGCCCCACAGCCGACACAAAAGGUCUCGCCGCCAUUAUGGUCGGCGUUGGAAUGACAAACGCCACCGCCACGGCAACUUAUCUCGCCGGAAACAUAACCGCCGCCGCUAACAACACUGUUCUUAAGAAGGUCUUAAAAGACUGCUCCGACAAGUAUGCCCUCGCCGCUGAUUCUCUCCGGCUAACGAUUCAAGAUCUUGAUGAUGAAGCUUACGACUAUGCUUACAUGCAUGUGUUGGCGGCGGAGGAUUAUCCCAAUGUUUGCCGGAAUUUUUUCCGGCGAGUUAGAGGUUUGGUUUACCCGCCGGAGAUCCGCCGGCGUGAAGUGAGUUUGAGACGUAUCUGUGGUGUUGUCUCCGGGAUUCUUGACCGGCUUGCCGAAUGAUUUUUAUUGUAUUAUCUUUCAUUAAGAAAAAAACUUUGUUAUCUUUCUUGAAGAAAAAAACUUGUGUUAAGAAAAUGGCAAUAUCUCUGUGUUAAUUUAUGUUAAUGGUAACUUUUAUUGGAAUUAAA